AUGCCUGCGGUGCUGGGGUUCGAAGGCAGCGCCAACAAGAUCGGUGUGGGGGUGGUGCGGGAUGGCGCGGUGCUGGCCAACCCGCGGCGCACUUACGUCACGCCUCCGGGCACAGGAUUCCUUCCAGGCGACACUGCCAGGCACCACCGAGCUGUUAUCUUGGACCUGCUGGAGGAAGCUUUAGUAAAAUCUGGACUAAAACCCCAGGAUAUUGAUUGCAUUGCCUUUACCAAAGGGCCUGGCAUGGGUGCCCCACUGGCUUCUGUGGCUGUUGUUGCUCGUACUGUGGCCCAGCUGUGGAAUAAGCCAUUGCUAGGUGUGAAUCACUGUAUAGGCCACAUUGAGAUGGGCCGCCUCAUCACAGGAGCGACCAACCCAACUGUACUGUAUGUCAGUGGAGGGAACACACAGGUGAUUGCAUAUUCAGAACAUCGUUACCGCAUCUUUGGAGAAACCAUCGAUAUUGCUGUGGGUAACUGUCUGGAUCGGUUUGCACGGGUGCUGAAGAUUUCCAAUGACCCAAGUCCAGGCUACAACAUUGAACAGAUGGCAAAGCGAGGCAAAAAGCUGGUUGAACUGCCCUACACUGUAAAGGGGAUGGACAUCUCAUUCUCAGGGAUUCUGUCUUUUAUUGAGGAGGCAACCCAUCGAAUGUUGGCCACAGGGGAGUGCACUCCUGAGGAUCUGUGUUUUUCCCUGCAGGAAACGGUGUUUGCAAUGCUGGUGGAGAUCACAGAGCGAGCCAUGGCUCAUUGUGGCUCCCAGGAGGCCCUCAUCGUGGGAGGUGUGGGGUGUAAUGUACGUCUACAGGAAAUGAUGCAGACAAUGUGCCAAGAACGUGGAGCCCAACUUUUUGCCACAGAUGAGAGAUUCUGUAUUGACAAUGGAGCUAUGAUAGCCCAGGCUGGCUGGGAGAUGUUUCAAGCUGGAAUUAGAACCCCUUUAAGUGAUUCUGGAAUCACACAAAGAUAUCGGACUGAUGAAGUAGAAGUGACCUGGAGAGAUUAAGAAUAGGAGAAUAGCAGAAAAGGAGCUGAGAGUAUCCUUGGGGGAUCCUAGAGGACUCUGGGUCUUAAUUUCUGUCCUGAAAUGGGAAUCCUAGCAAGAUUGUGAACUCCGCUCUCCCAUCAAUAGGUUGAAGAC